UCUAGUCAAGCACAUUUGCUCGUUAUAUCAGUCGGAAAAUACCUGCGAGAUGCCUACGGCGGUUGUGACAGGAGCUAACUCAGGUAUUGGCCAUGCCUUUGCCAAUAUCUUGAUCAGCGAGGUAAGGCAAGGCCGCAGACCAUGAAGUGGGAGUACAACUGCAGUCCCUUCAGUGUCGCCUACAUCGUCUCGACGUCCGCUCUCCAGAAUCAAUCUCCGGCUUCGCCGCCCAACUCGUCAACAAACCCGUAGACCUCCUCCUCAACAUCGCCGGAGUAAUGGCCCCCGGAACCGGCAACGACGAACUCUCCACCGUAACAAAAGACAUCCUAACCCGCAUUUUCGAAACCAACACCUUCGGUCCCCUCCUCCUAACCCAAGCCCUCCUCCCCAACCUUCUCCAAUCCUCCAACCCAAAGGUUGGAAUCGUAAGCUCCCGCGUCGGAAGCAUAGGCGAUAACAGCACAGGCGGAAAUUAUGCUUACCGUGCUUCAAAAGCCGCAGUAAACAGUAUCGGUAAAAACAUGGCAGUGGAAUUGAAAGAGAAAGGUAUAGUGGUGGAUCUGUUGCAUCCGGGAAUUGUGAUAUCGAAUUUGACGCCUGAGGCUUCGGCACCCGCAGAGGCUGUUCAGCCGGAGGAGGCGGCGACGAAGUUAUGGGCUAUUGUGCAGGAGAAGGGGAUCGAAGAGACGGGCAAAUUCUGGCAUCGCGAAGGGUAUGAGUUGCCGUGGUGAAGGACGCGGAUGCGGUACACUGUAAGAGAGUCAGAUAAACAAGUGACCAGAUAUUCUGUGCAGAGAUGCAAUGUCUCCAAUGUUUGCGCGAGGCACAACGGCACCAGGGGUAGCGAACAGAGCAUUGGAGAAGCUGCGUGAUGACAGAAAAAUUUCGGAUUUCAUCUGCCUGAGGCAUAUCAUUUCACUUCCAACGUCACC